GAUGGCGCGAAAACCGGCAGUCUGAGCUCGGCGAUCGCGGCGCGCAUGCGUUUUCCCGCGUGUUUUGCUCUCGUUGCUAUGGUGAUCGAAUUCGGAUUUUAAACCGGAACAAAAACAAUAAGUGCCUGUGUUUUGUUUUUCUGUUUUGUUUUUAAAUUAUGACGUGAGGUGCGCGUGCGCUGUGACGUCACAAGAUGGCGGCGUGGGGGUGGAUUCUGUUCGCCCUAUUGGGGGUUGCGGCUGCUCAGGGGCCUGAAAAACGACGAACGGGCAACGUGUGCAAGUCGGACUUGGAGUGUCCCGACAACGCCUUCUGUCGUCAGAGCAGCUACUGUGUGUGCAAAGACGGCUUCGUGUACGCCGCCGUCAAUAGCACGCACAAAGGAUGUUUGAAAGAGGCCCGCAACGGCGAGGAAUGCGUGCAGCACAUCCAGUGCCACUCCACCAUGGGUGUGCAUUCGGAGUGUGUGAACGGUGCAUGUGCGUGCGCAGCCAGCGCUCACCUGGAAACUGACCGCUGUUAUGAGACCGCUGUGAUCGGUGACCGAUGUGUGGUGGACCAGAACUGCUACCUGGGUGAUACGGACACAGAGCGGCAGGCGUACUGUGUGCGUGGAUACUGCACAUGCCAGUUGCAGUUCAGCCCGAGGGAUAAUGGCACAAGGUGUGUUCGAGACGCGGUCCUGGGCGAGGCGUGCGAGGACGAGCUGCAGUGCGCGGGCGCCGGGCUGGAGUGCCGGGGCACCUGCCGCUGCCGGGACAGCUGGGUCGCGCUGCAGGACAUCAACGCCUGCGUCGAGUCGGCCAAAGCCCUAGACGAGCCGUGUCAGUACGACGUGCAGUGCGAGGCGCUGGCGGGCGUGGCGGACGCGCCCUCCCCCGGCGCGGCGCUCUGUCUGGGCGGGGCUUGUGCGUGCUCGUACGACGCGCGCGUCGUCGGCGACCGGUGCUGGCGGCGCAAACGACCGGGACAGGAGUGUAAACGAGACGAGGAAUGCGUAUCAGAGGAGGACGAGCCAGGAUACUGUCUGUCGGGGCGCUGCACCUGCAAGACCUGCGCGCCCGACGCCCGGGACUUCGGCGGCGCCUCCACGGCCCGGCCCGCUGUCGUCGCCGCCAUUUUGUGCGCCGCCGCCAUCUUGUCGCUCAAUUACGUUUGACAGUUGACCGAUCUGCAGCAAAAAAUAUAAAUUGAUUUUACCUCAGAGUUAGGCUCAACUCAAACUGGGGCAAAGUCAAAGCGCAUAUUCGGCUCUAUUGAACAACGGAGAUGAAUAUGCUUUGGCAAAAGGUGUCACGGGUCGCUUCGACACUGCCCCAGUGUGAGUUGAGCCUUAUUAAUGAGAUCAUUUUGUCAUAGACGUAUAAGACCAGCGCUAAAAAAUGUAAACGCUAUGUCAGUCCCGUACAUUUUUGAUGUCUCAACUGUCGAAAUUCUCUAAUGAGAGUAGACCUUUUAGAGGUAAAGUUGAGAAGAUCAAGAUUGUAACUUAGGCCUUAUUUCCGUCACAAUUCCAGUCUUUAGAAUAUUGUUACCAUCGUAAAAUAUUAUGAAUCUAUAAUUUUAAGUUUUAUUUAUGUUUAAGAUAUCAGAUGUACUUAAAUGUCGAACUAUAUAAGAGUUUAAAAUAAGUUUUAAAAUCUGUUACUUCACUAAUUUUCGCUGUAAUAUUGUUAAAUAAUUGUUGUAGUUUCAAAGUCUAAUUAUUGUAAAUAAUAUUCCCUUUGUUGUUGUUUGUAAAAUAAUUUAUGGACAUGAUGUAUUGAGACAGUAUUUUUAGUGCAAUGAUAUUACAAUGUUGGGUAGAUUAUGCCAAAGAGAUGUUCAAGCAAAUCUGUAAAUAAAAGAGUAUUUAUUUCAGUA